AUGUGGCGCGUCGCAGUCGCCGAAGCCGCGUGCCUCGUCGACGCCAAGACCAACAAGAGCUGGAUCGGCGCGUGGCUCCUCGAAGACCAGGCGCAGGGCGCAGUCGCCGCGUACGAAGCGGCGAUCGACGUCGUCUCACGCUUUGCGGACGCCAAGGAGGCGGCGGCGUUUAAGGCGAAAGUCAAGGGCUGGUUCCCCCAUGCGAUGGCGUCCUGGCCUGGCUUUUCGCUCAACCCGGGCGUUUGGGACCUGGACCGGCUCGAGACACGACAACAGCGGUUCGAUACGGCGUCGGAUGUGUUUGAGCGCGCGUUCUCACUGCAAGUGCGACGUGCGGGCUCGCACGUGGCAGCGCUGACGACGAAAGUGAUCAUUGGCGCGCCGCCCGGCUCGAACGCGUCGGCGUACGUUCUCAACGGUCUUCCGAGACGCUUUGACGCGCUGCUUGUCGAGUUGUAG